UGAGGCGGUCGGCGGUAGGCAGUAGUUGGCGAGCUGUAGCGGGUCAGGCCGUCGGGAGCCGCCUGAGGCAGGAAUUAGCGGGAACUUGAAAAUUGAGAUUCAACCCUGAUUGUAACCAUGGGUUCCUCAGUAUCUACUCCUGCUGUUACUGUUCACAUCCCAGACACUCCAGAGCAGCCAGCAUCACCACCUUCAGGAUGCCCAAUGCAGCAAAAGCAAGGUUGCCCACUGAAAGCAGCAACAUCUGAUCCAGGCUGUGAGAGCAAAGUGCACUCUGUGCCUGCCCACCAAGAACGUGCCUAUGAGUACGUGGAGUGUCCGGUUACUGGAGCUGGAGCUAAGAAUAAGGAGAACCUGGAUCCUUCCAAUCUGAUGCCACCACCUAAUCAAACACCAGCCCCAGAUCAGCCGUUUACACUGUCUACCGUCAGAGAGGAGUCAUCCAUUCCAAGAGCGGAUUCAGAGAAAAAGUGGGUUUAUCCUUCUGAACAGAUGUUCUGGAAUGCAAUGUUACGCAAAGGGUGGAGGUGGAAGGAUGAGGAUAUUAGUCAGAAGGAUAUGUACAAUAUCAUUAAGAUUCAUAAUCAGAAUAACGAGCAGGCUUGGAAGGAAAUUUUGAAGUGGGAAGCUCUUCAUGCUCAUGAGUGUCCUUGUGGACCAUCGUUGGUCCGAUUUGGAGGUAAAGCAAGAGAAUAUUCUCCAAGAGCAAGAAUUCGUUCCUGGAUGGGGUAUGAGUUACCUUUCGACAGGCAUGAUUGGAUCAUCAACCGUUGUGGAACCGAAGUUAGAUAUGUGAUUGAUUACUACGAUGGAGGCGAGGUCAACAAGGACUACCAGUUUACAGUCCUAGAUGUGCGUCCUGCUUUCGAUUCGCUCUCUGCAGUAUGGGAUAGAAUGAAGGUUGCUUGGUGGCGCUGGACUUCAUAACUACCAGUUGGUUUGUGAUGAAAAAAACAUUAUAAGAUAUUUUUUUCAGAGAGAUAAGUUAUUUUCCCAAACUGAAUUGCACUCAUGAUGUCACAGGAUUUUAAGUGGUAAUCAUACCUGAUCUCCCACUUACUGAAGGAUGCCAUGUUGCAUUAACUUUUGAGUCACCUUGGCCUUGCAGUUUAUAAGCAAAUCAUUUUAAGUUUUCUUCCCAUUUCAAAUGGGAAGCAGUCCCUGCAUUUUUUAUUUUAAUUGUGGUAUUUCCUGUGUAUUUUAGUGAACAGCCUCUGACAAAGAGCUUUUAUAAAACUGAUGACCACUGACUGCUUGUAGCUUACUAUUUUCUCAGAAAUACUUGGGAUGUGAGGCCUGAAAGUCACUGUGCUGUAACCUGGUUAACUAGAUUAAUUCAAAGUCUCCAUGAUAAAUAAGAAGUAUCUAUGCUUUUUAAGAAGGUGACAGUAUUUCUAAAGUCCCUAUAAUCUAGUAGUGACUCUGCACACUAUACAGAAAUGCACCCAGCAAGACUAGCUUUCCAAAUUCUCAUUUAGAUGAAAUUUUUAGACAGGACCUCGUUAAAGAAGUUUCAAUUCACUAUGAGGUGAUUACAUAUGCUUCAGAGCAUUAAGUUUUCAAAUAGUUUUUCUUUGAUUUUGGUGAUUCUAAAAUAUAAUUGCUCCCCCAGAAGAGCUCUCAUUGUCCUUGACAUUUGGCACAUUAUCCCAACUUUUGAGUCCCACCCCCACCCUCAGUCUUCCUCCCAUUUGUCCUAAUCCAAACUUUGAAAGCUUAGCUUUCACAAUGACAGUGAUGCUCCCUUCUCUAGCACAUGAUUAUAUUUAGCUGUUAAAUUUACAACAGUAUUUUUCUCAUCAGUUCACUGUUCAUUUUUUUCUUAUGUUAAGAAAGCUCUAAGUUUGCUGUUGAAAUGCCUUAUAUCAAGAAUCCAUAAACUGCUUGGUCUUAGCAUGUUACAAAUUCCUGUUGUUUCUUGAAAGUGUAGAUGAUAAAUCUUUUCAUUUUCCUGAUACUGUAGUGUUAAAUGAGUGGAAGGAGUUGGCAGUCUGAGUGAUUAAUUUAGUAUGGAUUUGUUGUUUCAGUUUUGUGUGAUGUUUAAGAAAAUCCAACAAUCUUAAACUCUACAUGUUAAAAUAUUUGUAUAUUUUUAAAUAAAGCUGCUAGUUAAGAAGUUU